CCGAGCGGGGCGGCCCGGCCCCCCGGCGGGCGCGCGGGGCAGCUGCGCGCCGGGCGGGUCGCGGAGCGGCCGGAGGAGCCGCCGGAGGACGGGAGGAGGCGGCCCCGCUGCCAGAGCAGGGCCGGGGCUGCCCGCACGGCAGAGCGGAGCGCGGGGCACUGCCGGUGUGCGGGAGCAGCAGGGACCGUGAUGUCACCUCACUGGGAAAGCUGCUGUGAAUUUACACCAUUGCCGGCUCAGGGCUCUGGGGCCUGGCAGGGGGGUCUCUCCUCAAGGUCGUCAUGCUAACGAGCAUCCCACACCGUGGCCUCAUCCCAGACACGGGCAAUUACGGAAUGAGAUUGCACUGAGCCUUUGUGGAAGAAGCAAGAUUUAAACGUCAAUUCUUCAAUGUGCAUCCUUCUAUUCAAAUUCGAUCCCCGACCAGCUUCAAAAAAUGCAUACAGGUUUAUUCUAGCAGCUAAUAGAGAUGAAUUUUACCACAGACCAUCCAAACCAGCAGAAUUUUGGGACAGCAGCCAUGAGAUCCUUAGUGGUCUGGAUAUGGAGGAAGGAAAAGAAGGUGGGACGUGGCUGGGAAUCAGUAAGAAAGGCAAGAUGGCAGCCCUGACAAACUAUAUGCAGCCAAACGUUGAUAAAAAUGCAAAAGGAAGAGGUGCUCUUGUAACAAACUUCUUGACUACAGAUCUGGACAGCUACUCUUACUUGAAGAAGGUUUCAGAAGAAGCACAUCUUUACAAUGGAUUUAAUUUAUUAGCAGCUGACCUCAAUACCACCAAAGGAGAUGUAAUUUGCUACUAUGGAAACAGAGGAGAACCAGAACCUGUUUUCCUAAAUCCUGGAAUAUAUGGAUUGAGUAACUCUUUGUUGGAUACACCAUGGAAGAAGCUUCAAUAUGGGAAGCAGCUUUUCACAGAAGUGAUCGAGAGAAGUCAAGACCUUACCAAAGAAGACUUGGUGCAGGAGCUUCUUACAGUGAUGAAUAAUCAAGAGCCUCAAUUACCAGACCCUGCAAUUGAAGACCAAGGGAAGGAUUAUAUACGUCCUGUACUGAGCAAGUACGCAGCUGUAUGUGUUCGUUGCCCAGGUUAUGGAACAAGGACUAACACAGUCAUUCUGAUUGACUGGGAAGGAUGGGUGACUUUCACCGAGCGCAACAUGAUCGAUGUGGAUCUCGACCAGUGGAAAACAAGCACCUAUGAAUUCAAACUGCACACUUAGCAGCUUUCCGUGUGAAUGGUUUGUAAUAAAAGCAAUGAGAGAACAAGCCAUAAAGCUCUUGUAAAUGUUUUGUGUCAGCCUCCACAAGCUAAAAAUAGCAAGGAAAGCAGAAGUUUAUUUAAACAGGUAGCAUACCCUAUCAUGCUUAUAAAUCCUUUGGAUAAAACCAAAAGAGGAAAAUGGUUUUAAAGUAAGUAGCAACUGUACAGAAAGAAACUUCUAAAUAUCACCCUGCCUCCAGGGCAAGGCCACCUUUGCCUGAGGCAAAGCAAGUGCUUUUUUGUGGGUGGUUUGUCUGCUGUGUUGGGUUUUAAGUAGACUCUUGAAUAUGUUUUCAGUUCUGAGGAGGUGAAAGAUUGGCUGGUUUUAUUGUUCUAUAAGAAGGUUUUACCAAACUUUGCUUUCCAUUUAACAUACACUCUUAAGAUUGUAUAGCUGAUGCCAGUGUGCAUGAAGUGACUGUAUGCUGUCUUUGUAGCAUUAAGUGCUUUAAUAACACAGAAACUUUUCAGCAGUGCCGUGGUGCAAUGUUCUGCCUGGGGAGGGCAGAGCAGGGCGGGGGGGUCUUUACAUUUAUUUUCCUAUAGACAGUACAGCAAUAUGUCUUUUUUCUAAAACUUGAUUUGAGAGUAGGUAGGAAAUUUAGUUCAGACUUUGUUCAGUUUUACUGAAAAAAUAGUGGGAGCAGACUUGCUUAUCUUUGACCCUAAGAAAAUUGUGUAUUGUGACAUCUUCUUUCCUGAUAGUUUAACUGGCAAUAUCGUUUCUCUUAUUUUCUUCCCCAGCUGCCAGGUAAGGAAUAAGUAUCUGUUUGCAAACAGAAGCAGAAUAUGAAGCUUACUUAUAUCGGCUGGUUUGUACAUGUGCAAUUUUGGCUUCAUUUCUUUAUUGGUAUAAUGUGUUAAAGCCUGGAGUGACUGCUCAUAAAUUUUUCGUAAAAAUAGCUAUUUGUUGUAAGGUGACAUUAUUGCAGUCUAAUGUUGCUGAAAAAGUUUGAUUUUAAGAUGCAUUUCUUAUGUUCCAACAUCUGUGAAUUAAAAAGCUAUUUAAAUGCAUGCGUUUUCAAUUAUUCAGUGCUAGUGUAGGUGAUAGAAGAUUCUAGCUGAAAUCAAGAUAUUUUAAUACCCUGAGUUAUUUUGCUGCUAUUGGUGUUCUGUUUUGACUUAUUUUGAAUGCUGAAUAUUAAGUUAGUAAUGGGUAACUGCUAUUUUUUUCUCUAUAUAUGCUGAAUGUAUUAUUUUUAUGAGCCUCUGAUUACUGUUAUUGCCAAGUAGCAUGAUUUCUGAUUCUCUCCACAAAUAUGUGCCACUGUUCUGUACCUCAAGCUGGUAUGUUCAAGCAUUCUCGUGUGUGUUUGUAAUGGAGGCAGCAGAAAGCUGGACUUGCCGUUGAGGUGAAAUACUGUGAAAGGCCAUUCCCAGGUUUCUAAUUUUCAGGAUAAUUGUCUAAAGCACCAUUUAGUCAAUUAUUUCCUUUGUAUUUGCAUAUUUAAGUAGCUUCUAGAUACAACGACUGCUUGCAUGACUAGUCACAGGUGGUUGAUUCAGUGCUCUGUGAAUGACUUUUGACCACCUUAAUUGCAAGAGGAUCGAUUGAGUUGGACAUGAUUUAGAACUCUGAGCCUUCCAGACUCUUUCUGAGCUGUUGGAAGUGGUUAGCCCUUUAUUUUUUAUGGUUGUUUAAACCAUAUAUUUGUAUGAAUAAAUGUUAUUUUUAGAUGUAAAGAAAUAGCCCUAUCUGUCUUAAAUUUGAAUUUGGCAAGUGCAUACUUUAAAACAAACCUCUGCUUUGAUGGUUUUCACUUACUGAAGCUUUAUGUAUCAGCCCUUUUUGUAUGUUAUGAAAAAAACUUACCAGUGUAUUUGAACAAGAUAGUCUCCUUGAAGACAUUACCUAAAUGACAAGCAAAACGCUUGCAUGCUGUUCCAUGCUAAAAGCAUUUAGAAACCCUACUUUUUAUAGUAGCCCUGUAAUAAUGAACAUUUAUUCUUAUUUUUUAUGUAUCGGCAAAAGAAAAGCAAGUGAGAACAUAGAAAACCAGGUGAUAAUGUAUUUUGCUUUGCUUGAAUGAAAAUCUUAAAUCUGAGAUUUUCUUGCAGUCAAACACUAAAGAACCAAAAGCUCUGUUAUUCUUUAUGUUAGAUUAGUUAAAGUGAGCUUUUUAAACUUCUUUUGAAGCUUACGAGUGUUUUGUCAGUAGCUUCAGUGGAAACAGGAUCAGGACUGCAGUGCAGACAGCGGCAGAUGUUGCUUCUCCGUAGAAACGAUCAGGUAUUUGUGAAGGGCAUAAUUUACUCUGUGCAAAUUGUAGUUGCAAUGAAUACACUGGAAAAAGCAAACUAGCUAAAGGUAGCAAAGUAUUUUAUUUUUGUAGAAGUAUUUUUAAGAAUAAAAGGGGAUUUUACAUAUCGGUUUUAAAGGAAAAAAGUGUAUAUAGGAAACUAUCGCAUGGCAUUUUUUUUAAGUUUGCUUAUAUUUAACAUUAUUUCAAAAUCAUAAAUUUGCAAGAUAUUUUUAUUUCUUGUCUUUUUUUCUACCAAAACGGUAGUGGAAGAAAUUUUAAAAUAUCUGUGAAAACUCAAUUCUAUUUUUUUGGCUAAGGUUGUUUCAUGAUGGUUGCUUACAUGUGUGUUUAAAACUAGAUUCAGAAUAAAGCCAGUUUGGUGACCAGUCUUUGUCAGCAUUGGGCAUUUUUGCACAUAUUAAUUUGUUGGUAAAUGUGUGUGAUAAGAUCAAGUAAAAUCUUUCAUAAAUAUUAGAAGUGAAAGAGCUUUAAGUUAAAUCUACUUCGGGUACUUAAUUCUUUUUACCAGAGCUGUAUUUUGCUGGGGGUUUUGACUGUUUUUUUGUUGUGUCGUAUGGUAGUUUCCUUAAUUCUGUGCUGUUGCAUAGUUAUACUUGUCUUAUUCAGGUAAGAAAUUGGAAAAUAUUUAUUUCAAGUUAAUAAUCCAGGUUUGGGGCAUUCUGCAUUGUUUUUCAGGUUAAUAAACAGGACGUAUUGACUGGAAUGUUCCCAGACCAAGUGUGGCAGUGAUCAAGUCUCUGAGAAGACAAGGAACUGGUAUUGUCAUUGUUAUGGUGGCAACCCAAAUGAAAUCUAGGGGAAUUCCCAAAAUCUGCAAAAUCUGCUUUAUAUUAACUGAUGAGUCUCUAAGGUGGCCACUGCCAAUUCUUGUUUAUGCAACAAGAUAAAUUUGGUCUGGAUUACUGGUCCUGAAAUUAAGGGGUUGCAUCCACAUGUCCGCGAUGGAUCCCUCCUCUGACAGCCCGGCCCUCAGCGGCGCUGAGCCAGCCUUGGUCAGGGACCCAUCGCCUUGUGUAAACGCAUCGAUUGCUUCUGUUCUGUGGAAGAAACCACAUCGCUUUUCAGACGUUAAUUAAGAUAGAUUAAGUAAUAAACUGGAGAAUAUGUGGAA